CUAAGACCCAGAGCAGCCAAAUAAAUAUUUUUUAAAAAAAAAAGGAAAAACCUAUGUGGCAGAUUACCUCGUUGGUGUUGACCAGAAAAUUCCAGAUUGGUUAAGAUGACAUUCCUGGGGGAGGUCAUAUUUGCAGUUAGGUAUUAAGUCUUUGGUGACAUGGGCUUAGCACAAAUGACUCCAUUUGGGGCCUACUGUUUCUUUUUAACACCUCCCUCUUCCCCUUGUGCCCUGACCUGGACAAGCUGAUGAGAAGUCUGGGUGGCCUCCCUUCUAGAGGUGGCAGGGGGUUCCAGCCACACAGGCUCCUGCCCUUGGGCAAGAAUAUUUGCCUCGGUCCCACCUUCCACCCACAGUGAACACCCAGGCCAGGAUCCUCUUCUUGGUUUGUGAAGCCAUUUCAGAGCUGCUUGAGAGGCCAGGCCUGCUCUCCCCCGAGACCUCUCUUCUGUGAGUCGUAACCCUUACCCUCUUGGUGGGUGUGUACUACACCGGUGACAGCCUCAGCUGCACCUCUGCAGGUGACCAUAGCAGCUGGCCCUGUGAGCAGCAUGGCCAGGCAUGAUCACCACCUGUCUGUCUUCUCCUGCUCUGACUCGCUCACCUGCUCUGCUGUCUGAUGGCGGCCGGCGCUGUGGGCUGCUGGGUGCUGGGGAGCUCGAGCUGUGAGCUGUGCUGCCCUGUGUUGCAUUGUUGACCAUGCCAGGACUCAGCUCUGUGUUCAGCCGACCAGAAUUGUCAGUUUUAAGAACUCCUAGGCAUUUGGGAGCAGCAGUAUGGGAUUGGAGCUCUCCUUAAAUUAGUCUUGGGUCAGUGUGUUUGCUGGGAUUUAUCUGCGUGUUAGAGUGAAGCUGUGCUAGUGCCUGGGUUGGACCCAACAUGUAAGGCACAGGUGGGAAAGAGAGACGAUAGCCUGUGUAAGAGCUGGGCUAGUUGGGUGGUAGUUCCUGACAGAGCAGUUACUGGAGAGAAAAGAGAGCGGGAAAGGCAGUCAUUAGAUGGUGGCUGAGUCCCCACUCGUAAUUCCAGAGAGUUCCCCAGGACCCUUGAGUUCUGCUGCUGCCUUUGUUGCAACAGAGAUCCUGACCUUCAGGGUUACAGGGGACAACACCGUGGCACCCAUGUGGCACAACCAAGGGAUUCCUUCAAACCUGAUUUAAGCCCAAGUUCCUUAUACUUUAUAAAGCGGCCAGAUAUCAUAGAGGAGGCCUCUGACCCUGAUAGCACUGAUGUGUGAGGCUCUCCAGAAGUAGAGUUUAUAAAUACCAGAGGAUACCCCCUCCCCCGAAGUAUUCAGUAUAUCCAGUGACCAAAAAAAAGCAAAAGGGGGGGGACAAGAGGGAGAGGACAAAUGAAAAAAAUAAUGAAACAAAGGUCCACAAUUUGACCCAAUUGGAAAUCCAAAAUAUACAGAAAGAAUUUACACAACGAAAAAGAUGAAAGUGCACUACUUGGCUUUGGUGCCUCAACAACAUAGUUUAUGAAGUAAUUUUGCCGUCUGCUGUGCUGCACUAGUUCUCAAACUUUCAUGCAAAUAAUAAAUACUAGGGCUCAAAUUACAGUUAUACCUGGGAUCCCACUAAAUUUAAGCAAGGUACCCCUGAUAAAUUUAGGGGAGUUACUAGAUAUCAUAUAGAAGACUAAUAGGUGUAUUUCACCUUAACUUUGAGAACUGUGGUCUUACCUAAAUUCCCCAUGGUCUUAUCACCGACUGUCCUAAAAUAUCCACACCCAGCAAGGAAGGUCUGAUCCAGUGAAAUUUUAAUUUAGUCUUUGCCACUUUCAAAUUAUAUUGAUAAAUGAGACCCCACUUACCUUACCCCCCUAGUUAAAUAUGGCCCAGUGUAAAUUAAACAGGGUUUUGAAGGAUUGAAAAACACUGUACAAAUCUGUUCAGUGAGGAAGUGAUUAACCCCCUGUGUUUCUCCUUUUAAUAGCCUUAUUUGGUCUCUUCUCAACCCUGGAAAAAAUGAAUGCCACCUCACACUGGAUUACGGCAACCUUGAGGCUGUGAUUUCACCAAAUAAGCCCCAAUUCCGAGCCCCCAACAUUAUGGAAAUUCCUGGCUCCACCCACUCAGCAACGACCCAGUGGCCUUUGAGGAUGUGGCUGUGAACUUUACCUUGGAGGAGUGGGCUCUGCUGGGGCCUUCACAGAAGAAACUCUACAGAGAUGUGAUGCGGGAAACCUUGAGGAACCUGGCGUCAGUAGGGGAAAAAUGGGAAGACCAUAACACUGAAGAUCAGUACAAAAACCAGGGAAGAAAUCUGAGAAGUCAUACAUUACGGAGACGCUGUGAAAGUGAAGAAGGUAGUCAGGGUGGCGAAAACAUCAGCCUUAUUCCAAAUCUUAAUCUGAACAAGAAAAAUUCUACUGCAGUAAAACCAUGGGAGUGCAGUGUGUGUGGAAAAGUCUUCAUGAGUCGUUCAUCCUUUAAUAGGCACGUUAGAUCUCACACUGCACCCAAACCAUCCAGGUAUCAGGAAUAUGGAAAGAAGCCUUAUAAAUGUAAGGUAUGUGGGAAAGCCUUCAGUUAUCUCCAGCCUUUUCAAAAACAUGAAAGUAAUCAUGGUAUAGAGAAAUCCUAUAAAUGUAAGGAAUGUGGGAAGUCCUUUAGAUAUCGCCAAUCUGUUCGAAAACAUGAACGGACUCACACUGGAGAGAAACCCUAUCAAUGUAAACAAUGUGGGAAAGCCUUUCGAUAUCAUCAAACCUUUCAAACACAUGAAAGAACUCACACAGGGGAGAAACCCUAUGAAUGUAAGCAAUGUGGUAAAGCCCUCAGUUGUCCAAGUUCCUUUCGAAGUCAUGAAAGGACUCAUACUGGAGAAAAACCCUAUGAAUGUAAAAAGUGUAGUAAAGCCUUCAGUUGUCCCAGUUCUCUUCGAAAACAUGAGAGAACUCACACGGGAGAGAAACCUUACGACUGUAAGGAAUGUGGGAAAGCCUUCAUUUCUCUUGGAAGCUUUCAGAGACACAUGAUAACACAUACUGGAGUUGGACCUUAUAAAUGUAAGGAAUGUGGAAAAGCAUUCAAUUGUCCCAGUUCAUAUAGAAUACAUGAAAGAUCUCACACUGGAGAAAAACCCUAUGAAUGUAAACAAUGUGGUAGAGCCUUCAGUUGUUCCAGUUCCUUUCGAACACAUGAAAGAACUCACACUGGAGAGAAACCUUAUCAAUGUAAGGAAUGUGGAAAAGCCUUCCAUUGGCUCACCACUUUUCAAGUCCAUGUGAGAACUCACACUGGCGAAAAACCCUAUAUAUGUAAGCAGUGUGGUAAAGCCCUCAGUUGUCCCACUUCAUUUCGAAGACAUGAACGGACUCACACUGCAGAGAAACCCUAUGAAUGUAAGCAAUGUGGGAAAACCUUCAGUUCUCCUCUAGGUUUGCAAAUACAUGAAAGAACUCACACUGGAGAGAAACCCUAUAAAUGUGAGAAAUGUGGGAAAGCAUUUGUUUCUCUCACAAGCUUUCGAAGACACAUGAUGACACACACUGGAGAUGGACCUUAUAAAUGUAAGGAAUGUGGGAAAGCAUUUAAUUGUCCCAGUUCAUUUCGAAUACAUGAAAGAACCCACACAGGAGAGAAACCCUAUGAAUGUAAAAUAUGUGGUAAAGCCUUCAGUUGUUCCAGUUAUGUUCAAGUACAUGAAAGAACUCAUACUGGAGAGAAACCCUAUGAAUGUAAGGAAUGUGGGAAAGCCUUCAUUUACCGCACAACCUUUCGAGGUCACAUGAGAAUGCACACUGGUGAGAAACCGUAUAAAUGUAAAGACUGUGGGAAAGCCUUUAGUCGACCCAGUUCAUACAGAAGCCAUGAAAGAAUUCACACUGGAGAGAAACUUCUUGAAUGUAAGCAUUGUGGGAGAGCCUUUAAUUGGCCCACAUCCUUACAUAAACAUGUCAUGAGAAUGCACACUGGAUAAAUUAUAACUGAUAAAUACAAGAGAGUUUCCUAUCAACAAAUAUUGGGCUGGCCAAAAAGUUCAUUCGGGUUUUUCCAUAACAUCUUAUGGAAGAAUGAACUUUCUGGCCAACCCAAUACAUUCAGUCAUGUGAAAACUCUACUGGAGAGAAAUGCUACACCAUGGAGAGAAAUGUUACAACGUGUAAAUAAUAUGGGAAAGCCUGACGUAGAUUAAUUCACAUAUAAUGCUCCAGAAAAAAGAAGUAAAUGUUUUAAAAGUUAAAAAUAUAUCAUCUUUAUCAGUGGCUUAUUCUGAAACUCAAGUCUCUAAUUAUGGAUUCUACUUGUUAAUUUUUCAAAUGAACACUGAGUUGAAACAAUUAUGUAAGUAAGUACUCUUUAAGCAAUAGUACAUAAGCUUAGUAGGUAGUAUUUUUCCUUAAAUCAGCUUAUAGAAUUUUUGUCUUUCCACUUUGAAAUCUGUUGGAUCCAUGGGUGAACUGGAAUAUAAUUGUAAUGUGCCAAUAUUAUAUAAUGUGCCAAAAUAUAUAAUUUUUAAGUCAUCCUGUAAGUAAAGGGGGCAUGGAAUAAUGACACUCUGGUAGUUGUUGGGAUUUUCCUAUUGUUUUCAUGUGGCAGGUACUGGGUAUUUCUUACCCAUUGUAAAUAUGCCUCUUUUAUUAGAAAAGUUUUUUUCUUUUGUCAGAAGAGCCUUCUUCCAUUUUCCUUGCUAAUUAAUAGUUGGCAUAAAUUUGUAAGUAUGUUAAGUUUAUCACAGUAUAAUCUCAUUUGACUUAGUAUUUACAUCUUUUCUCUUUACUCUUUGUCAUUUUCUCUUUACUCUUUGUCAUUCCAUCUGACUGUGAUUUGGGUAAGAGACUUUAAGAGACCAAUGUUGACAUCAACUGCAUACUUAAAGCAACCUUACAUUGUUUGCAAGUGCUGUUAUUUUAGAUUUAAAUUCGUAGCUACAAUAUCUUUGCACUGAAGCAACAUUUUUCCCCCACCAAUGCAUUAAAAAAUCCUCCUACAUUAUUCUGAUGUCACCAGUUAGGGUCUCUUUUACCCAUAAUGCAAUUAGAAUAAUUAUAUCACUGAAGUCAACUAGUGGUAUUACCAUCCCUUCAUUCAUACUGAGCACCUACUAUGUGCCUGUGCUGUAAAUACAACAGUGAACAUAACUGAUGUGGUUACUGCUCUCACAUUGCAAGUCUGUGAGAUUAAAUACAAACAUCACAUUUCUAGCUACUUUUUAAAGUGUUAUUAACAUUUAAACUGAUUCAUUUUUGUAAUAACAUUGUACGUUAAUGGACCAAUAAGUCUUUAUAUUUGCAAAAAGAAAAGAGACCUGUUACAGGACACUAAAAUGUAGAAUUGGAGAUGCUCUCUUGGAAUGUGUUAUGUCAACAUGGGUAUUAUGUUGUGACCUACAUUUUCUAGAACCUGUUAUGUUCAUGGUUCCAUGUUAGAAUUCACCACUAGCCUCCCUUGCAUGACACUUGGAAGGCAAAGUGAAGAAGGCCUUAGUUCUUGAGCCACACAGGAGUUUCACAUAUACCUGGUUCUAGCCCAUUUUCCUGAUUCUUUGCCCUGCCAGUCCAAAGUAGCCUCAUUACCACCAGCUACAUGACUUACAUUUUCUCAGACCUGUUGGUUUCCACAGAUGCCUCCACAAGUUCCACAGCAAAGAUCCCUCACAGUUUGGAUUUUCCUGCAAGUCCUCAUGUGUCCACCAGGCAACAAAUUUAGACUGCUGUGGUUGAGAACGUUUUGUGAAGCGCUGACUCACCUCUUCUCUAUAUUGUAUUUGUAUAAGGUCUAAUUUGUGUAGUAAACACAUUGUUCUGUUGAUAUUGCUAGUGACUGUGUGUUCCUGAUUCCACUAUAGCAGCUACAGUGGUGCAGUCAGAAAAAACCACGUGGUCCUGUAGUGAGUUCCUCUACUGCACUGUGCAGUGACUUCUGUGGCCCAAUCCUUCCAUGUGAGAAUUAGCACCUUCCUCUUAUCGGAUAGAUGUGGAUAUUUCCGAUUACUCACAAUUGAACAUAAUUCCUCAGUAUAUUUUCAGUUAUGGUUGAUUGUAUGUGAUUGAAAACAAUGUUCUUUUUUUUGUCAAAUGCUUCUAUAGGUUUUUCUUAGAAAUGUUUUAUUAACUCUUUCAAAAAAACUUGUAUACUAACAAAUAUUAUCUUUUCCAUUUCCUAAUAGGAUAUAUUGAAACAUCCCAUUGCAAUUGUGGAUUUUUAGAUCAACUUUGUGGUUUUUUUCAAGAUAAUCAUUAUACAUUUUGAUUCAGUAUUACCAUGUAUAUUCUUCCUCAGGCAAAUUUUUUUUUCAUAGUUACAAUUUUUGUCAUGAAACUUAUUUCUCAUUUGUUCUUAAUUAAAAACCUCAAUCAUG